UAGGUACAGGCGCCGCCCCAGCUUCCGCAUCUUCCCCCCGUCAACACAUCAUCAUCCCCCCCCCAUCCGUUUCAACCGCCAUCUCCUCAGUAUCACCAGCACGAAGACGCAGGGCGCCAAAAAUCAUCGUAAUCUGGGUAAUCGAGGUUAACAGCCACGAUGAAGAGCACUCUCCUCACCGCGGCCGUGCUGUUGGGCGCGGCCCAGGCCGAAGUCCACAAGCUGAAGCUCAAGAAGGUCCCCAUCGAGGAGCAACUUAACUCUGUUCCUAUUGAGCACCAAGUCAGACAGCUCGGCCAGAAGUACAUGGGCGCUCGCCCUGACAGCCAUGCCGAUGCCAUGUUCAACCAGAAGCCCUUCACAAGCACUGGCGAGCACCCCGUGCCCGUGAGCAACUUCAUGAACGCUCAGUACUUCUCCGAGAUCGAGAUCGGUACUCCUCCCCAGACCUUCAAGGUUGUCCUGGACACUGGUAGCUCCAACCUGUGGGUUCCUUCCCAGCAGUGCGGUAGCAUUGCAUGCUACCUGCACUCCAAGUACGACUCUUCGUCGUCUUCCACCUACAAGUCCAACGGCUCCGAGUUCGAGAUCCACUACGGCUCUGGCAGCUUGACUGGUUUCGUCUCCCAGGAUGACGUCUCCAUUGGCGACCUCAAGAUCAAGAAGCAGGACUUUGCCGAGGCUACCAGCGAGCCCGGCCUUGCCUUUGCCUUCGGCCGCUUCGACGGUAUCCUCGGUCUUGGUUACGAUACCAUUUCCGUCAACAAGAUUGUCCCUCCUUUCUACAACCUUGUUAAACAGAAGGCUAUCGACGAGCCUGUCUUCGCCUUCUACCUCGGAGACACCAACGAGGAGGGUGACGAGAGCGAGGCUACCUUCGGUGGCCUCGAUGACUCUCAUUACGAGGGCAAGAUCACCUACAUCCCCCUCCGCCGCAAGGCUUACUGGGAGGUUGACCUUGACGCCAUCACUCUUGGCGACGAGACCGCUGACCUCGAGGGACACGGUGCCAUCCUUGACACCGGUACUUCCCUGAACGUCCUUCCCUCUGCUCUUGCUGAGCUGCUCAACAAGGAGAUCGGUGCCAAGAAGGGUUACAACGGCCAGUACUCUGUUGAGUGCUCCAAGCGUGACGAGCUUCCCGACAUCACCUUCACUCUCUCUGGCUACAACUUCAGCAUCUCCGCUUACGAUUACGUCCUGGAGGUAUCUGGCAGCUGCAUCUCCACCUUCCAGGGCAUGGACUUCCCCGAGCCGGUCGGCCCCCUCGUUAUCUUGGGAGACGCCUUCCUCCGCCGGUGGUACUCCGUUUACGACCUCGGCAAGAACGCCGUUGGUCUGGCCAAGGCUAAGAAAUAAACGCCUACUGAUAACCCCCUUUCCUUGAGAAUACGUCGAUUACUCGGUCAAUCAGAUUCAAGGUGCGGCUGUAAUGUAACUACGAUAGGUAGCUAGUCUGGACACCGUUGUGAGAAUACCAAUAGUAGCAUUUUUCUUCGAGCAUCUGUCUCAUCGUGCAUCUUUCAUGUGAAAUGGGGUCUACUUCUCAAGGGGUCGCGACUGCAUUGCUGUAAUUCAUAAACUUGCAAGUUCAUGUUAUGGAUAUACAAUAGAUCACAUUGUAAAUGAACUGAAUGCUCCUGUAACACUAGAAAGAAGCUUCAAUAAGCUAACCUCUGCAUAAACUCUGGG